UCAAGCUCAGACGCCAUGAAUAUGGCGGGCUCGAUGAAAAUCCAUAAGAAUACGCGACGCAACUAUUUUACGCUGAGCUUUCAGCGCUUCGAUAUAUUUCGUUCGAACAAGAAAGCCAAGCUCCUCAAUGGCAACGGCAACGGCAACGGCAACAGCAACGGGACCAUUGGCGCCUCUGCUGGCGCAACAACAGCAGCAGCUGUUGCCGCCGCCGCCGCUGGCAAUGGUGAGCCGCACUACCAGCACGCCUCGAAUGGCAGCAUCUAUGGCUACGCGGAGGGACCCGGCGGCAAGCAGCGCAGCGGCGCCAGCAGCAGCAGCAGCUACCAGCCUUCCCACUACCACCAGCAGCAACAGCAGCAACAACAACAGCAGCAACAGCAGCAGCAGCAGCAGCAACAGCAGCAAUCCAUUUAUUCACCCAGCAUCUAUGGCGUGGGUUCAUCUGCGGAGGAUCACUACGAGCUGCAGCAGUCGCAGUAUGGCGGCAGCUACAAUGGCGAGGGCGCUGGCUUGCGUUCAGGUGGCCCCAAUUUGGUCAACAAGCAGCUGGUGCUGCCGUUUGUGCCGCCCAGUUUUCCCAACAAAUCACAAGACGGCGUCACGCAUCUCAUCAAGCCGUCCGAGUAUCUGAAGAGCAUCAGCGAUAAGCGUUCGUGUCCAUCCUCGGCCCGCUCCACGGAUACGGAGGACUACAUGCAAAUCCAGAUCGCCCAGCAGCAGCAGCAGCAUCAUCACCAUCACCAGCAUCCGCACCAGCACCAGCACCAGCAUCAGCAUCAUUCGCAUGCCCUGGGCGUUGGUGAGCAGCCGCCGUUGCCACCGCCGCCGCCACCACUGCCGCACAUGAUGCCGCCGCCCAUGCCGAUGCUGCUCUCGCCGCUGGCUGGCGAUGCCACCAGCAAGUCACAGAAGCCCAAGAAGCCGCACGGCUCGACGCCGCCCAGCAGCCAGGACACGGCCACGCGCAAGCAGCACCAGCCGCUGUCCGCCAUUUCCAUACAGGAUCUGAACAGCGUACAGCUGCGCCGCACGGAUACACAGAAGGUGCCGAAGCCCUAUCAGAUGCCCGCACGGAGUCUCAGUAUGCAGUGUCUGACUACCAGUACGGAUACAUACUUGAAGACCGAUCUGAUCGCUGAGCUGAAGAUCUCCAAGGACAUACCCGGCAUCAAGAAGAUGAAGGUGGAGCAGCAGAUGGCCAAUCGCAUCGACUCGGAGCAUUACAUGGAGAUAACCAAGCAGUUCACUGCCAACAACUAUGUGGAUCAGAUCUACUUGCAGAUUCCAGAAAAGGACCAGGCUGGCAACGUGAUACCCGACUGGAAGCGCCAGAUGAUGGCCAAGAAGGCGGCCGAGCGCGCCAAGAAGGACUUCGAGGACCGCAUGGCCCAGGAGGCCGAAUCGCGCCGCCUCUCACAGAUACCGCAAUGGAAACGCGAUCUGCUGGCGCGUCGUGAAGAAACUGAAAACAAAUUGAAAGCGGCCAUCUAUACGCCCAAGGUGGAGGAGAACAACCGUGUCGCGGACACCUGGCGCCUGAAGAACCGCGCCAUGUCCAUCGACAACAUCAAUCUGGCCAGCUGCAAUGUGGAGCACUACUACCAGCAGGUGCAGGUGAUGCCGAUGCCAGCCGGGGCCCAGUUCAACAAGGAGAAUCAAAGCGAUGGCAAAGCCAACGAUGUCGAGCAGCAACAGCAACAACAACAGCAACAGCAGCAACAGCAGCAACAGCAACAACAGCAACAGCAGAUGAAACAGGAUGCACUUGAUCAAAACGAGGACGAGCAGGACGACAGCGACAAUAUUAUUCCAUGGCGGGCACAGUUGCGCAAGACCAACAGUCGCCUGAGCUUGAUCUAAGCGGCAGCCGAAUACGCGUUUAAGUCUCUUGUAGUGCAUUUUUUUUUUUCAAAUCAUCCAAUAUUUUUUUUUUUUUUUUUUACUCCAACAUGAAAAUACUUAACUUAACGAACGUGCAAUCACACAUAAUAAGGGAUAUAUUCGUAUUUAAUGGAUAUACAUCAUAAUUAUAAGAAAUCUAUAUUUGUAAUCUGGUGAAGAGAUCGAUGGGCUCCAGAGGAGUGCCCUGCGAUACUUUAAACCUGCUCCAAAUCCAAGGCAAGCUUUAGAUCAAAACAAAAUUGAAAAACAUAAUUAAAAAAAA